AUGUCCAACGAAGAAGAGCCUCAUGGCAUCAGAUUACCUACUUCAUUAUUAGACCAAAUUCAGCAGAAAGAAGACAAAGGUGACUAUAAGGAAGACAAUUCACGAUUCACCAAGUUUGACUCAAGCAAUAAGAAGAGGAAGCAAGGGCCAGUUGUCUCGAGAAAAGAAAAGCGUCAACAGGAAAGAGAAUUAAAGAAGCAGAAGAGGUCAAAGAAGCAGCAGAAGGCAAAAGAUGUAGCCCUCAGCAAGAGAGACGUAGAUAGUAAGACCAAGAAGAGUAACAGCAAAAAGAGCAAGAAGCUGGACAAGAAGAAAGAAGACAAAGAUACCGGAAAGCAUGAUGUUUCGCAAGGACUUAAUGAAGAUGCAUAUGAUUCAAAUGAAGAUCCAAUGGAAGAACUUCGCAGGAUAAAACAGCUUAAGUCGAAGACCAAGAAGGGCUCUAGCGACCUGGGGAUACGAAUUGUGAAGGAGGAUGAUUUGAAAGACGAUUCAUUCGAUGAAGAUGAUUCGUUUGGCGAAGGGGAAUUUUACUCUGAUAAUAAUGAAAUUGUAGAUGAAGAUGAAAACCUUGGAGAUGAGGUUGACGACAAUCUUGAUUAUGACGAUGACGAUGAGGAAGAUCCAAUGGAACAACUUCGUAAACUCAAGGCAAACAGCAAGAAGAAAAAUGUAGUGCAAGAGAUAAGAAUUGUUAGGGAAGACGACUUAGCUGACGACUCUUUCGACAGCGAUGAGCUCAACGAAGAAGAGGAUGUAAGUGAAGAUCCAAUGGAACAACUUAGAAAACUUAAAGAACGUCUGAAGCUGAAAAAUGUGUCUGCUUCUGAUGUUAGAAUUGUAAAAGAAGAUGACAUGGAAGAAGAUGAUUCUUUCGAUGAAGAUGACUUCGGACAGAGCGAAGAGCUCGAAGAAGAAGAAGAAGAAGAAGAAGAAGAAGAAGAAGAAGAAGUUAUACAAGAGCCUAAAGAAGCCAAGUCUAUAAAGCCAGUAAAGGAAAAAAAGGAAAAGAAGCCAAAGAAAGACUCUGCGCAUGACAUAUUGAUUUCAAGUGGUCAACUUGAAUUAAUGAAGAGAGAUGAAGAUGAUAUGGCUUACUAUGCCAAAAAAUUAGGAUUAAAGAAUGGUAAGAAAGCUAAGUUAUCCAAACAAGGUGAUGAUGAUAUGAUUGGUGGCCUUUUGGAUGGCUUAGACUUCUUAAAUGACUCCUACGAGGAAGAAAAGAAUGAUCUGAGUGAAGAAGAAGAGGAAGAAGAAGAAGAAGAAGUUUCUCUGCACGAGCAAGAUGUAGAAGAUGUGAAAGAAGGAGAAGACAACUCGGGCUAUGUUUCCUUUGAUGAAGGUGACUUUGAUGAAGAUGAACUUAGAGAACUUCGUGAAAUGGAAGAAUUAGAAAACUCUUCCAAUGAUGAACAAGAUGAUGGUGAGACGCAUAUGGUUUCUGCCAAGGAAAAUCCUUAUAUGGCACCUGAGACCUCAACUUCUGGUGGUUACAUCCCCCCUGCAUUACGUAGAAAGAUGGCUCUCGAAUCCAAUGAUGUUUCUGAAGAAACCCUUGAUCUUCAGAGGUCUAUCAAACGUCAAUUGAACAAGCUCUCUGAAGCUAACAUAACAUCUAUUGUAAAUGAAGUGAACCAGUUGUAUCUUCAUAACCCAAGACAAUUGGUGACAGAAAAUUUAACUACCAUUAUCAUGGACUCAAUUCAACAACAAGGUAGACUUUUAGAUACCUUUGUGUACCUUCACGCAUGCUUGGUAGUGGCGAUCCAUAGGUUGCAGGGCGUUGAGUUUGGUGCAUAUUUCAUCCAGACAUUAAUUGAAAAAGUGGACACUCAUCUAAAAGAUCUCUCUGGUAAUAAUAAGGAGAUUUCGAAUUUAAUUUCCCUUUUGUCUUCAGUUUAUACCUUUCAACUCAUUUCAUCCAGGUUACUUUAUGACUUAAUUAAAGAACUUAUCAAUGAUCUUAACGAGUCUAAUGCUGAAUUGUUAUUAAGAUUGAUUCAGAAUUCUGGUAAUCAAAUGAGAUCAGAUGAUCCACAAUCUUUAAAAGAAAUAAUAUUGCUUGUCAAUAAAAAAUCUAGUUCUGGCUCUUUUCAGUCAAACCCUAGAACUCAAUUCCUUAUCGAGACGAUUACAUCCUUGAAGAACAAUAAAUUAAAGGUACACAAUGAAGGCAGCCAACAACUAAUUAUUAGAAUGAAAAGAGUUUUAGGAAGUUCACUUAACAGUAAAAACAAUGACCCCUUACAAGUAUCUUUAGAAGAUAUCAGAAACGUCGAAGAAAGAGGAAAAUGGUGGCUUGUUGGUUCAGCUUGGAAGGGUUAUGAUAAUGAAAAUAAUCCUGUUUCGUUAAAUGGAGAUGGUUUAGACUUUGAUACCCAGGUCUUGAAUGAUAUUUUAGAUAAUGCAGAGCCAAACUGGGUGGAAUUGGCAAGGUCACAAAGAAUGAACACUGACAUUAGAAGGGCAAUUUUCAUCUCAAUAAUGUCUGCUAAUGACUACAUAGAUGCAAUGACAAAAUUAGAUAAAUUGGCUUUGAAAAGAUCCCAAGAAAGAGAAAUCCCAAGAAUAAUAUUGCAUUGCACAGGCAUAGAGCCAAUUUGGAACCCAUACUACGGUGUUUUAGCUAGUAAGUUGUGUGACUCUCAUUCGUAUAGAAAGACAUUCCAGUUCAUGUUAUGGGACUUACUAAAGGAAUUCGAAGGUGCCGAUAGAAAUGGAGGAAGCGAUGAUGAGGAAGAGGUAGAGGAUUUCUUAGGCUUUGAUUCUAACAGUGAUGACAUUGAUGAUGAAACUAAGUUAAAGAAAAUUCUUAAUCUUGGUAGAUUCUUCGGCUAUUUACUCGCAGAAGGUUGUUUGCCUUUAAACAUACUCAGGACUGUAAACUUUUUGACUGCAAAUGGUGACACAUUACUUUUCCUGGAAAUUCUUUUCAUUACAUUCUUGGACAACAUUGCAAAGAAGUCACAAAUAAAUUCAGUUGGUGCCGGAACUAAGACGUCUAUUAAACCUAAGAUGUUUGAUGUAAAGUUUGAACCAAAUGUUAUGAUAGAAAGAGUCGGCAAGGCACAAGAACAACCUGUAUUAUUGAAAGGAAUAGAAUAUUUUCUCAGUACUAAAGUAAAGAAAAGUGCUUUUAUUACUGGAAGGAGGCAAAGAGAUAGAAUAGAAUGGGGCAUUUCGACAAUGAGUGAACUUAUUGACAACUUACUUAAAAACUAA